AUGGAUUCGACAGGUGGCUAUCAAUUGAUUGGCCGUACAUUGCCUAUCUGGAACAUAUUUAUCCAUAAUACAGCAUUUGAAGAUGAUUAUCCAUGGCUCCUUCGUUUUUUCGAUCAAGUUCGCUUCUAUCCUGUCGACAAGAAGGAACUUUCCAUCCAGCGUGAUGCAUUUCGUGAAGGACGUUUGAGCGUGUGUAUCGUUCACGGCAAUGUAUUUAAUUUAGGUGAGUACAACGCUUUUCUUAAACGAGAAUUGAAAAGCAUUGUCAACUUUACUGCAUGGCAAACAGCUGCCUUUGCCGAAGAAGUGUCACACUGGCAACUUGACAAUCAUGACGACAGAAACGACUCUUCAACGAACGAUCAUGGCAUUGCAGAGAUUCAACAUGUCAUCUAUCGACAAGUAAGCAUGACUGCCGAUAUUUGUGGUAGUAUAUGA